UGGUGGUAGGUGGUGUUUUGGCGGUAUGAAAAUGUAGGAUAUUGACAGGAUGGAAUGAGUUAAUGAUACGUGGGACGACUAUUUACAUUAAUUUGAAAACAUAGAUGACUUAUGUGUCUAUAAUGCUGUUAUUAUCGCUCUGAAGUCCAUGCGUUUAACGCUAAUUCGACCUUCUUAAAUCCCUGGCACGGCCGCACGGAGAAAUGGCUGUUGUCAGAAAUGCCGUAUAAAUGAUGAAUUGUAUCAGAAAGCCGUAAUUAUUUUAAAAAUCAUAUUUGCGUUCAUAUAACUGAGAGUAGUAGUGGAAAGUGUGUUACCGCAGUGACUGGCCUGCAUACCGAUACUGAGUUGUUUACAUUGAUGGCUUAGGUCGCGAAUUUUGAACCGUAGCGUGACAGAAGAUUUUUAGUCGGGGAAAUGGAUAGGCAAGAACAAGUUAUCGCUGUUGUGAAACAAGAAGCAAACGAGAAUAACACUCAUGCAUCAGUAACCUCGGACAAACAGAUGAACGACUGUAGUGAAGAUACUAUACCUAGUCCAACAACUGGUGACAACCCAACUGGAAACCCUUGGUGCAAUACAAAAUGUGUUUUUUGCCAACAUGUGUUAUCGUCCGGAGACGCUCCGAAACUUUUAGAUUGUCUUCACGCCAGUUGUUCUUCUUGCUUGUCAUUAAAAUUUAACGAACAGGAGCAACUUGACGUUGAAGUAGUUGAGAAUAGUAAUGUGGUGUGCCCCAUAUGUCGUGUUCACUGUUAUGCUGCCAACAUAAUUGAAAACCAGUUUCUCUUGGAAGCAGAGGGUGACAAUGAAAAUGGUCAAGGCUCUUCUAAAGUUAGUGACCAGAAGUGCACAAGUUGUUUAGAUAAUUCCAUUGUCACAAGUUGGUGUGUGGAGUGCUCUGAAUAUAUUUGUGAUGGUUGUGUUCAGGCACAUCAACGUUUAAAAAUUACGAAAGAACAUACCAUAAAGCCAAAGGAAGAGGCAGAAAAUGACAAUCAAGCUUCAGCUGUUACGAAUGCCCCCAGAAGUCUCUACUGUGCUGUGCAUAGACAGGAGCGGCUAUCUUUGUUUUGUGAAACCUGUGACAAGUUGACAUGUCGAGAUUGUCAGCUAACUGACCACAGAGAUCACAAAUACAAGUUUAUACAUGAAAUUGCAGCUGAAACAAGGGAAACUAUAUCUGGCCUUCUGUCAGAAGUCAGCUACAAACGUGUGCUGUUGACAAGUGCAAUGAAAGUUAUAGAUGAUCGACAAACACUAAUCUUAGAGAAGAAAAAAGUUACUGUUGAAGAAAUAAAAAAUCUAGUCUUCAAGCUGACAAAGGCUAUAAAUCACAGAGGAAAGCAAUUGAUUUUGCAGUUGAAUGAGAUAUGUGAUAAUAAGCAGCAUACACUAAUGGAUAAAAAGGUUGCUCUGGAGCAGUUGUCUCAGUUAACAGACCACUGCAUUGAUUUUGUGAAAAAUGCUCUUAAUAAGAGCAGUGAUAUGGCCCUGCUCUUUAGCAAAAGGGCAGUCACCAAUCAUUUACAAAGGAUUAAAAGUAGAAGGGCUGAUAUUCCUAAUCCAGAAAUUCCAGUUAGAAUUCAUUUGUCCUCUGAGAAAGUUAAUGAACUCAUUAAAGCGGUUUCUAGUAUUGGUGGGAUAGUGGUGGAUGGUCGGAUGUAUACAUCAGGAAGCAGUGGAGCUCAUCAGCCUCCAGCUCAGUCUCAAUCACCACAGCAGCAACCACAACCACAACCCCCACCGCCACCACCUCCACCACCACCACCACCCCAACCUCAACAGCAGCAGCAGCAACAACAACAACAACAACAGCACCACCACCAACAACAGCCACAGCAGCAGCAACAGCACCAACAGCAGCAGCAGCAACACCAACAACAGCAGCAGCAGCACCACCAACAACACCAACAGCAGCAGCAACCACAGCAACAACAUCAGCAUCUUCAGCAAUCUCCACAGCCACAGCAUGCACAGUUUCAGCAGACACUGCACCUCGCGCAGUCUCCACAGCAGCAACAUCAGCAGCAACAUCCAGCUGUGCAGUCAAGUCAUGUACAACCUCCACAUCAGCAGGCUCCCUUGGCACCACCACCUGUGCUUGGAAAUCCUCCUCCGUAUCCUCAAACCCCUCAGCAGGUGCAGCGACAGCAACCUCAGCCGCCGCCUCUGCAUCAUCAGCAUCAGCAGCCGCAGCAGCAAGGACCCAGCCCACAGCCUCAUCACCGUAUUUCCCCACACAGCCGAAUGUCUCCUCACCAGAGUGUGCCAGUGGGACCAACACCCAGUCGUAACAUGAUGCGACAGCCACCGCAUGUGCCAGUACUUAUGCAGACCAACCACCAUCAGCAGGUUACAUCUUCAACACAUCCUCAGCAGCUUGGCACUGAUGGUGUGAAUGCUAAUCUCCGUGGCCUUCUGUCACAUCAAGUGUAUCAGCAAGGUGGUGGUGGACCAGUGUUACGAGUUAGUGUGUCAAACCAACCUGUCCAACAACAUGUUGGUGCAGCACCCACAGCUUACCGUGUCCCAGUUGGACAUGCGUACCAGCACCCACCACGCUAUUCUGCCCAGCAGCAGCUGUACACUGUGCACCACCACCAGCAGCAGCCUCAGCAGAUACCAAACAACAGGAUGGCCUCACAAAAUGUGGGGCACACAUUUGCAGGACAAGUGCAACGGCAGGCAGUGGGGAUGCAGCAUGUCAUGCCAGCAGCAGGGGUGUCCGUCACGCACACCCGCGGCCAGAGCCCGCACAGUUCCAGUGCGCAGAUGAUGCAACACUCUGGUGUGCAAUGGCACAUACCACAACAGGGUGUCGGAUCUAAUGCCAACGGACACGCUUACCCACCGGUAGCACGAGCUGCACAGCCGCAGGGGCCGGUUGACGAGUCCUUCAAAAUUACGCUGAAGUCACAGGUGCAGCCACAGGCACAGAGGGUGACAGGAGGUACAGUGCCUGCAGUCGCUCAAAAUCAAAAUGGAGAGCUGUCGGGGAGAGUGUCGUCGGCUGUAACCUCUUCUGUACCAAAGACGCCUAGCCCCAGCCAGGGGCGUUCAGAGGAUACAGAGAAGAGCCUCGAUAACCUCUGUCAGGAAUCUGUUAAUGACCUUAUGGCAACAAUAGCAAAGCUCGAUCGGAAUGGUAUUGAGGUGGUGCCCGAGACACAGAAAGUAGGUUCCAAUGAUGCACCACUGGUAGACAGCUCCACUGGACUCGAUGAAACCUCUGGGCUGCCACUUUCAAAUGGUGGUCUUGAGCAAGAACCACAGAAGGAUGAUCCAAAUGAAGAUUGGUGUGCUGUGUGUAUGGAUGGUGGUGAGCUAGUAUGCUGUGACAAAUGUCCAAAGGUCUUCCACGUUAACUGCCACAUUCCUCAUCUCAAAGCAAUUCCUGCGGAAAGUGAAACAUGGCAAUGUCUUUUGUGUACCGAGCUGAGGGACUACCUGAGCAACAUGAAGAAUUCAUUGGACCCUAGAGGGAGAGAACUGUCGAAAUCUGAGCAGAAACUAGCUGAGAGAAUGCUUCUGGAACUUUACUGCCAGUAUGAACCCAGCUUGCAUUUCAGAGAGGUUGUGGGACCAGAGGUGACGGAGUACCAUGAGAAAAUAAAGAAACCAAUGUCGUUGGACAUUAUCAGGAGAAAACUGGAUUCGACGCAUCCAGAACACUACAGUAGCAUGCGUGAUUUUGUUGCUGAUGUUCGUCUUAUAUUCAACAAUGCAUAUUUGUUCAAUCCGAAGGAGAGCCAAGUUUACCAAGAUGCAAAAACUUUAGAAGAAUUUUUUGAUAGCCUAUUGCAGAAGUGGCUUCCUCAGUAUGCAUAUGAUACAACAGCAGGCUCUGAUGAUGACUGCAUAUCUCCACCUCAGAAGAGACAACGACGAAUAGUAUCAGAUUGAUUGCUCGCUGAGCAUGUUAUAUAUAGUUUUCAGCUUGAUCACACCUACAGCAGGGCCCUCCAAAAACGUGAUUUCUAAUAAUAUAAACUGCUGAAUGGUUUACUAAUAAGAUGGAAUGCAAGAUGGUAUAGGAGACUUCCAUUGAAUCAUGCAGUCAGAUCUUAGCCAUUUUAGUGAAUUUGUUGAACACUAAAACUUGGGCAUUUCAUUUUUGACCAAUCUGAAUUUGCUCAGUAGUGAUAUUGAUAUCAGUGACUACUUUUAAAGUAUUGUAGCAAUACCAUUUUAUGUUUUAAAAAAAGCGCUUAUGUGUAUUUUCUCCCUGAUUCUAUUCUGAUGGUACUGCUGUAAUAGCUCCAUUGGUCAGUUGUUAUGUGUAUGUAAAAUGUCGUUAAUGUGAAACAGUUUGUUUGUAUGUUAAAUUUAAUUGGGAGUUGUACACUCGAUUGUUCCAUAGUUCCCUCACUCCCCAACUUACACGGUGUAGAAUAUGUUUCAAGAAGCAUGAUAUAUUCCCUGUCGCUGUUGACAGACUAUGAAGUGAUGUACUACCAAUGUUAAACAAUUUGUCCGUGUUAUAGUAUAACUUGUAUGAUAAUUGAAAUAUGUCUUGCCAUCUGGAGUUCUCUGUUGGAAUAUACUUCUGUAAUAUUUGUAGGAAAUAGCACUCUGCAAAUAAAUGAAUCUCGUACAAAUUUUUUUUCCAAACCACUAUCACUAUGGUGGUUAUUUAUGUGCAUUUGUGCAUGGUGUAAUGUAUAUAAUGUAAGGACAUUGAUGGCUACCAUCCCAGCACGUUUUAGCAUUGCCCUCCUACCCUGAGCUACGUUAAAGCUAAGUGCUUUGAACAUUGCAAUACAGUAAAUCUUUUUUGUUAGUGUCUCAUUCAAAAUUGUACUAUUUGUUCUUCACAGAUUGAUAACAAAUUGUUUUUAAAACAUAUUGUGAUACUUUUAAGUGAAGUAUGUUUUGUUGUUGCCUAUUUCUUUUAUACAAUAGGCUUUCAUAGGAGUAGUAGUGUCCUUUGUUAAUCCCUAAAGCAAUAAGUAUAAAUAACAUGAAACUGAAAAUAUACAAGAGAUUACAUAAUCUGUCAGUAAGCAUAGGUUCAGUGGAUUUGUAUGAAGUAGAUUCAGUAAUGACAAAGGUAACAUAUAUAAACUGUUUGUGUGCAAGGUAUUCAGCACACAAAACAUGGCAUCGUAAUUGCAUUAUAUAGUGGCUUUUAGAAAAAUUGUAUCAAGAGUAGAGUAAUGGCUCAUUUUUCAUGAAGUGUAUCACUUUUUGGAGAGUUGCUGUAAUGGCAAGAAUUAUGUUACAGCAGCUAUAUUAUUAUAUUUUCAAAGAUAACAGUAUACAAAAUCAUAUGUUAAAGAGAUUAGUUUGUUUAACUGUAGCAUUGUAUAUAGAUAAAUUGUUUUGCUGUCAUGCUACUGUUACAGAAUUGUGUGAUAUUAAUUUUGGAAAUGGUCCACAUAUGUUUAUCAUUUCACAGUGAACAAUUUUUGUAUAGAUGACAUAUAUACAGUACUGUAUGCCAGUUUUAAAGCAUAUAGGUUUCUGAGUUACAGAUUUGUAACGUAAUCAGUGUUGCAGUUCAUACGGUAGUUCUAGAAGUAUCUUAAAAGUAGCAACACUUUCAGUAGCAUGUUAUAUAGUAUCCUUGUGGCUUUAGACGAUAACAUAAUUUAUUCAUUUUGUUAGCUCACUUGUAUAUCAUUACUUAUAAUGGGAAAGAGGUUCUUACUGUUCUCCCUGUGAAUCAGAGUCUAGAUCAGAAUGAAAUAUACUUUUAAUCUUUGAUUUCUUGUAUAAAGGAAAAUAACAUUUGUCGUGUUAUUCAAAUGAGAUAAGAAACAGUUGUUUCUUGUUAUGGGCUGCACACAGUGUUUAAUUUUGUGCAUUUUGCAUCAGCUAGAAAGUGUUAGACGAAGAACACCCAUUAUCGUACAGCGCUCCCAGUUUCCACUACAGGAUCUUCAGUAUGAAGAUGUUAUACAUCAUCAUGUCUGCUGCAUGUACACAGGAUUAAAUUGUAUGGAAACUGUAGUACUUACAUAAAUGUGAAUAUAGAAUUCUUAGUCAGUUGUCACUGCCAGUUAACUUAUAUGAUCACAUCGAGUGAUCCAUUAAGUCGUGAAACAAAGAAAUUGUAGUAUGUUACUUUCAUAGAGGAAAGUUUAUUUCUCUGAGAUGUUUGAUUUAUAAUUGCUGUCCUGACCAGUAAAAUAUAAGUCAUAUGUUUCUUA